UUGCUGAAGACAGCUUACUCAGAUCACUACUGCCUGGAGGUGGUUGAUAUAUCCUGGUGUAAACCUUCAAGAAGGGCACAGGCAGGAAAACAUGAACCAGCAACUGAAGAAACGGGCAAAGACGAGACACCAGAAAGGCCUGGGUGGAAGAACCCCCAGUGGGGCUAAGCCCAGGCAAGGCAAGACAAGCCAAGACCUGCAGGCGGAAAUAGAACCUGUCAGCGCGGUGUGGGCCUUAUGUGAUGGCUAUGUGUGCUAUGAGCCUGGCCCUCAGGCUCUCGGAGGGGAUGAUUUCUCAGACUGUUACAUAGAAUGCGUCAUAAGGGGUGAGUUUUCUCAACCCAUCCUGGAAGAGGACUCACUUUUUGAGUCUUUGGAAUACCUAAAGAAAGGAUCAGAACAACAGCUUUCUCAAAAGGUUCUCGAAGGAAGCUCCCUUGAAUGUUCUUUGGAAUACAUGAAAAAAGGGGUAAAGAAAGAGCUUCCACAAAAGAUAGUUGGAGAGAAUUCGCUUGAGUAUUCUGAGUACAUGACAGGCAAGAAGCUUCCGCCUGGAGGAAUACCUGGCAUUGACCUAUCAGAUCCUAAACAGCUCGCAGAAUUUGCUAGAAAGAAGCCCCCCAUAAAUAAAGAAUAUGACAGUCUGAGCGCAAUCGCUUGUCCUCAGAGUGGAUGCACUAGGAAGUUGAGGAAUAGAGCUGCCCUGAGAAAGCAUCUCCUCAUUCAUGGUCCCCGAGACCACGUCUGUGCGGAAUGUGGGAAAGCGUUCGUUGAGAGCUCAAAACUGAAAAGACAUUUCCUGGUUCAUACUGGAGAGAAGCCGUUUCAGUGCACUUUUGAAGGGUGCGGAAAGCGCUUCUCUCUGGACUUUAAUUUGCGUACGCACGUGCGCAUCCACACGGGGGAGAAACGUUUCGUGUGUCCCUUUCAAGGCUGCAACAGGAGGUUUAUUCAGUCAAAUAACCUGAAAGCCCACAUCCUAACGCAUGCAAAUACGAACAAGAAUGAACAAGAGGGAAAGUAGUCCUCCAACAGGAUGAAGCAGAUUAACAGAAGAGUGAUCAGUGACAAACAUGCCUCCUUGAUUAUUGUUUCUAGGAAGGAAUUUUU